UUUUGCCUAGACCUUAACAUUGUUGUUUGUUUUCUGGAGGAGACCUGAAGGUUCAGGACAGAGGACGGUGAGCUGCCAUGGUGCACAAGAGCUUCUUGUUAUUCGCUAUUGUCCUGAUUCUAGGACUCAGCAGCCUGACUAAUGGAUUUACUCUCCAAAGACCCACACAACAAUGUGCAGUGCAGCCCAAAGCAAGAGUGAACUGUGGCUACCCAUACAUCAGUGCUCAGACAUGCCACAGCAGAGGAUGCUGUUUUGAUUCAAGUAUUCCUGGAGUCAUCUGGUGUUUCUUUCCUGGAAGUGAUUCAGGACUCAUCCAUUCAGGCCCGAAACCUGACGUGAGCCAGUAGCUCACAGAUCUCAGCUGCGCAGCAACUUCCAUGAUCUCUGAGAAUGCAUCUCUUAAAAUAAAAAUAAGCCACAAAUCUGCCUUUCUGCUCUGAUGAUCUUCUGGAAGAAAAAUAAAGUGAAACUACAUGUAUCUGCAUGUGCUCUCCUGUGGAUGAAACGGAAUUCUGCUGCCAGUGAUGCAUGUUUUUCAACACUCUACUGCACCCUAAAAUAAUAAUAAAAGGAGCAUACAGAAA